AGGUUGGAGUUUUCGUGGCGUAGAACAAAAACAAACAAUUUAAAUGCCGAUCGGAAGUGGGUCCUCUGGCACCUCAAGAUGCUGGGUUCCAGGAUGCAAAAACAACAAGGUUCCUGAAAUGUUGAAAUCUGCUGCCAAGUUAUUUAAGUUUCCAACCAGAGAUUUGGCCAGAUGCAGGGAAUGGGUGAAAGUUUUGGGCUCAGAAAAAUUGCUGUCCUGCAACCCCGACCAACUGAAAAAUAAGACCGUUUGUGAUGCACAUUUUCGUGACUACGAAGUCCGGAGGAAUAACACCAAGACCACUCUGGUUACCUCUGCCAUCCCUUCAAAACUCCCAUAUGGAGUGGGUCCACUUCCUGAUGAACUCGUGGAGCGAUGGCCUCGACAGAAAGAAAAUCAAUGUGGAGGAGAGCUUGACUCCACUGUGAGUGCGCUGCAACCACCUGUGGCUGAGAGUGCUCCGGUUCCCCUCAAGGAACAUGUCAGCAAAUCUUGAUCAUCAAGCGUCAGCUGCAGGACCAUCACACUAUCCAGAUUUCCUAGAGGUUUUUUUUGAGCCCGGCUCAGUGACAAAGGUGCCUGUUGAAAUUGGCCAUGAGGAGGAUUUAAGUGGUGAUUGGGAACUCAUGGACUACGUUGUGUUUCGUCGCAAGAAAGAUGGCACCCUUCGUGCAUUACCAGCCUCUUUGAGACUCCAUUCAAGACCCUAAGUGUUCAUAGCUGUUGCUGAUCCCUGGCUGAUCCCUCGACAGAGCAACUUCUUUACUCUGGACUUGCACCACGAGUCAUGAAAGCCCAUGAAUUUUGUGCUGCAGCUGUGAUUUCUGCUCGCCCCAGUUUUCCACCUCACCAGUCCUAGCAAAUAUUAGAAUGCCCUCCGAGCUGCGCGAGUCUUUCCCUUUACCCCCCACUCCACUUCUCUGCCCGAUCUAGAACGUUGCCGACCCUCCCCGCGGCCCCUUCGAGAAGAUACUCCGUGCUGCUCGCGUAGCGUAGACGCGUAGCUACCCCACCUCCAUCUUCCCCCACUCCCCUGCCAGGCACGCUCUCGACCGCUCCCGAACCUUCCCGAGUCUCCCAGGAGCGCCGCGACUCGACGAGAGUUCGCGGGCCUUCCCCCUCCACCGACUGGCCGGGGAGCGCGCUCUUAUAAAAGCAGUUGUGGGGGCUGGACCCGGCAGUUCCGUUGGAGCAUCCUCAGAGCGCACUUCGCACUCAGCGUCUCCGCCUCCGAGUGUCGGGCAUUCCCUGCGUUGUCGGAUCAGUGCUGUUGCUGUCCACUGCUGUUUAGCGACUUCCUCACUCUCGCCUUGCCGAAGUCAUUUGAGUUGACGAGUCAUCGAGUCCGUGAAGUUUGUGGAGCUGCGAUUCCUGCUCGCCUCAGCCUUCCAUCCCACCAGUCCUACUAAAUCAAAGAUGUCUCUGCUUCCGUACAUCCUCGGUGAGCUCCGCGACCUGUCUGGCUCCGAUGUCUUCGCUUCGGCGGCGCCGCGCCGCCACCACCACUUCCACCCGUACCGCCGCUGGGCCGACGUGGACGUGGACCUCGACGACGUGCUGCUCGACGACUCCCGGCCCACGCUGCUCCGCCUGCUGAGCGACGACUCCCCGCGCUACCUCGUGGCACGCCCCCGCAAGCGCCGGGCCGGCGCGCUGGACAAGAAGGCCGUGGCCGUGAAGAAGACCGCCGACGACCGCCACGCCCUGGCCAUCGACCUGGACGUGCAGCAGUUCCGGCCCGAGGAGUUGUCCGUGCAGGUGCUCAAGGACCAGGGCGUCGUCGUGAUCGAGGGCCACCACGAGGAGCGCCAUGAGCACCCCGACGAGCACGGCUUCGUGCGCCACCACUUCUCGCGCCGCUUCAAGGUCCCCGACGGCGUGGACCCGGACACCAUCACCUCCAGGCUCACGGUGGACGGGACGCUGCAGGUGACGGCGCCGCGGAAGGAGGCCCUGCCCGCCCCCAAGGAGACCAACGUGCGGAACGUCCCCAUCGCGCACCCCGAGAAGGCCGCCCUGGCCGCCCUGGCCCAGGGCACCGCCAAGCAGACGGAGAAGGCGUCCGAAGACACGCCGGACAGUGAGAUCCAGAAGGUGGACUAGCUUAGCAUUUCUCAUUUGUUCAGACUGAUUUUAUGUUAGGGUUUCUUUAAUUUCCAAUUUUUUACCUUUAUUUAUUGCGAGUCCUUUGAUUGUGUUCACGUGUGUUUGCGAGCGUCGUCAGUGUCAUUAGUGUUAGUUUGAGUGCUUGUGUAAUGUAUGCGUGAGUGUGUGUGCGCGCGCGUGCGCGCUUUAUUCCAUUCCCAAGUGUUGUGAAAAGAAAAGAAAAAUAAAUAUAGAAAUUGCAA